GACAUUUGCAAAGCAAACGACAGAGAACAAAGUUCUCAGUCCUUUUCGAACGGAUGGAGCCCUGCUUGCGUUGCGUAGCCGCGAGGGAGCGGGCAGAUAAGAAACGGAGGCAAGCUGACUGAGAUGUUUGACCAGUCGUCAAUUUUCCGUCCGCAGAUGCACCGAUUUUCCGUCUCCAGCCAAUCAGCGAUGAGUUCCUUCUGGACGUCGCACGUUGCUUGAGUUGAGAUAUAAGUUGCGAUUCCUCAAUGGAAAAUCUUCAUCUUCUAUCACAUUAUUCUGUUCUGGAUCUGCUUUGAGAUAACUUUGAGAUUGUUUCAAAAAUGGGUUUCUUGAGCUGGCCGUAUGUUGAAGGUCAGUCAGCAUGGGGUGAAAUGACAUCGUCAGCACGAUUCUGUGAAUUGGACUUUUACCUGACAUCGUAUAUUGCCGAAUUUAUCAACACCGCAACUAGUCUUAUGUACUUGUACCUGGGCUGGCAUGGCAUCAAAAACACCAAGCGAAACGGAAGAGACAAAGUUGUUAUCUUAUGUUAUGCAAUGCUCGCCAGCGUGGGACCAGGAUCAAUGGCAUAUCACACGACUAUAAAGUACAGUGGCCAAAUGGUUGAUGAGUUUUCGAUGAUGUAUGCAACUGCAUCAAUACUUUAUGCUGCCCUGAGCGUAACACUUGGCCCGGAGGCUCGCAGAUUCCUCGGCAUUUCCGUUGCCUGCAUUGCAUUUUCUGCCUCUUUACUUCAUUAUUGUAUCGACUAUACGCCUGGGUUUCAAGGCGUCUUCGGUUUGAUGGUUUGGACGGUGUUCUGUCAGUGUGUAUGGUUAGUGAGCACAAAAGUGACAGAUCGAGAUGCCGUGAAGGACAUGAAGGGUCUUGCGCUAUACGGAGCAGUGACGUUUGUUGGAGGCUAUGUGCUCUGGAGGAUUGAUAAUCAUGCAUGUGGAGCGCUUCGCAGCUUCAGAGAUAUUGUUGGCAUGCCUUUAGGAUUUGUCACAGAGUUGCAUGGCUGGUGGCAUAUCUUCACAGGACUUGGUGUCUACUACUACGUCGUAUUCAUCGAAUAUCUUCGUUUGUACAUCAGAGCACAAAGACAACCUGGCGGCAGGAAAACGCAAAUUGUCUUGGUCUGGCGAAGCACAUUGUCCCUGCCUCAUAUCGAGACAACGAAAGAGAGGGAAGAAUAGCUUUGGAGAUGAGACAAGCUUAAUGCCAUUACUCGACUGCUUGUUGAUCGUUCGGGCCACAUGACACAGGGGGAAAAGCUAUAUCUGGUAUCUAUUAGAUGGCGAAAAAGCUGGACAGGAUGCAAGGAGUUUUUGGAUCUUUAAAUGGACAGCCUCACGUGAAGAGUCGUGUGUACCAAAGAGAAGUUGAAGUUGGAGAAUCCCUCAUACGCACACACAACAACCCCU